UACACGAGUGGCAGCACUGGCAAGCCGAAGGGCGUCCUCAUCAAGCAGUCCUCCGUCGUAGCCUUCGCCACCAAUACCGACGUUUUCAAGUGGGGCCCAGGACACCGCGUCGCGCAGGUCAACAAUCUCGCCUGGGACGCGAGCGUCAUCGACGUGUGGGCCUCGUUCCUGCUCGGCGCGACACUCGUGUGCUUCGACCGCUUCGACGUGCUCGACCCGCCAGCACUCGCGCGGCGCUUCCGUGCGGCGCACAUCGACGGCUGUCUCGUGCCCACCCCGCUCUUCCGCCAGUUCGCGGCCACAUGCCCGGACGUCUUCUGCGAGCUCAUGCAGAUCUUGACCGGCGGCGAGGCGCUCGACUACGCGACGCUUCGCCAGGCGCGCGCGGCGGCCCCGCACGUCGCGUUCACGAACGCGUACGGUCCGACCGAG